CUUCAGCCUGAACACCUUGGCAAUGGACAUAUGGAGCUUCUUCUUUCGGAACUCCAUACAAUGGUCGACGCUCCAUCUCGUCAGCUCACGCCUUAGAACGAAUGGACCUUGCCAGAGAAGGCUUUCCUCAGGCUGGACCGCCUGUGGGGUCCUCACCACCUAGACCUAUUCGCCACACACAAGAAAACUAAGAUUCCGCAAGCCUUUGUGUCAUGGAUAUACCAUCCGCAAGCUCUAUGGACCAACGCCUUUUCGAGGAAUUGGACCACUUUCUCCGGGCGACUAUACCUUGCCCUUCCAUGGAACAUGAUACCGCCCACCUUGCAGCGGUUGACCCAGCAACCCCAACCGUUGACACUCAUCACGCCCAACUGGCCUUCCGCUCCGUGGUCUUCACUGGCUCUUCAAUUGGCGCACCAACCCCUUCUGGUCCUCCUUCAAGAGAAUCUGGUAAACGACACCGAUCAGCAUCUCCUCAGGAAGAACCUCAGUUGGAGUAUGCUAGCGUGGAACAUCUCGCCAAAUGUCUGAAACACUCUUCUUUGUCAUCGUCCACUUUAGCCAUCAUUUCUCCCACAGCAUCCUCUACCCGACCACAGUACCACUUUAGACAACAGAACUACGCUACAAUGUGCUCUGCACGCCAACUCAACUAUCACGACCCGUUCCCGCAGCAAAUCAUCAACUAUUUGGCAGGCCUUCACACCACUCACAGCCUCAAGCUCUCCACGCUAGCCACCUAUAGCAAUUCAAUCCUGGCUCUGUUCUCCGUCAAGGAUCAGCAAGCAAUCAAGCAUUCCGAACCUUAUAUGGCCUUCUUUAAAGCACUCAAGGCCAAGACCAUCCUGCCUCUUCGACACUGGUCGUAUGAUGUGGCUCCCGCCAUUAGUUACAUCGUUUCCUUAGGCCCCACCAACGAUCUCUCAGACGAUCUCCUCACGGCUGAAACAGCUUGACUCUUGGCGAUGGUUGGAUUUCUCCGCCUGUCUGGCUUGGCAAGAGUGGAUCCGGACAAAUGCUCUGUUUCUGAGGACAAGGUCUUGCACUUGUGUGUCAUGGCUCCAAAAGAAAUACGCCAAGGAUCCCGCAUUACCAAGACAAUCACCAUUCACCCGCAUCCAGAUCCUCUUCUCUGCCCUGUCGCAGCCUACUUGGUUUAUGUCUCUCGAAUUGCUUCGGUAACAUGCUACGCAGCUCACUCAGCCUUCCCUUCAAUCAGCAUACAUUGCCUCUUCCGCUCUUUAGCCGAUCACUCGCAGCCAAUCGGGCCCGAACGAAUCUCCAAGCACAUCCGCCGGAUCAUGACGCAUGU